AAUAUGAAAUGAAUUUACAGUUCAUAGUUGUGUAUAGGUCUUGUUUGAACCCAAUACGUUUACUGCGCCAAUAUGAUUAUUUUUCACUGUUUUUCAUUAUGUGUACUUGUAUUUCGAAGACCGAAAGGAAACUUUCAUCUGCCAGGGACGAUUUUGUAAAGUUAAGAAGCGAACUUAAUGUCCAGGAUUCAGACUUGGACGACUCGAUAAUGCAGUGGAAAGAAGAAGUUCAACAAUUUGCGAGAGAACAACAAAUUGAAGUUUCUUCGUUGAAAGGUGCCGCCGAAGAGUUCUUCCUUUGCAUCAAACUGUUGAAAAUGCUCAACAUUUGGAGAAUUUUGUAAGAGCCAACGAUGAUCAAACGCAGACAUUGGGUGAUAGGCUUUUCGUUCAUGACGCUCAAAACAAAGUGAAACAACAUGAACGAAAUGCAACAAGAUUGCUGGAAUUGAAAAGACAGCUUUUAGAUGGACAUGUGACAGAGGAGCAGCUUCUUGAGCAAGGAAAGUCGCAGCUGGCAAAAAUCACAGUAGCAAAGCUGCAGAAGAGAUUAGAAAUGUUGUAUUUUUCAGUCACUAGACGCACAAAAGAAAUAACUUCUCUUGCUGAUUCUAGCAAACGAAGAUCUUCGAUGAGAAGGAAAUGCGCUAAAGAGAAGUCCGAAAUAACAUCCACCGUAGAAGAGUUAAAUUGCCUCUCAAGUCUGUGUGGUCUUCCUACGACAAGUGCGGAAGAAGUCAUGUCUGGAGAUUUUGUUUGGUCGUUUAACCAGUGUAACAUAGAUAGUACGACUUCACAUGAUAUACCUGUGCGUUUCAAGGCACAAAUUGUCGAUAAGUACAUGUUAGUUAAAAGAUUGGAAGAGGAAAAAGCACUUCUGAACAUGGAGAUGAAAAAUUAUAUGAUUUAUUAUUUGGAAAACGUUUUGCCUCUCCUUUGUGAAAGAAAGAAGAUUAAAGAUAGAAUAGGUAUACAGAUAAAUGUUCGUAUUAUGUUAAAACAAGCUUAA